AGUGUAAGAUCCAUCCCAUCAGCCCGUCCUACUCAGCCUUUUUCAAGGAUUCUGUUCACACAGAAGAAAUAUGAGUGUCCCGGUCACAGCUGUUAGGAGUCAUUAAGUCUCAUCCCUCUGAAGAAAACCUUCCUGUCACAUUACCAGUGCGAAACAGACUCAAAUACAUUCUCUGGCAGUGUGUGGAAGAAACGUCUAAAACCAAGUAACAAUCCAGGGAAUGUAGGGCUGUUCUUUCAGCCGGCUGACAUCCUCCAUUGUGGGCAAGAUCCACCUGUGCUUAUGACAGAGCCAUCUGUACUUGGGGAACUACUAGACUUGAAUGAAUGAGCAUAGAGAAUUUGGAAGUUACUUAAAACGUCCAUCACAAAUGGCAGGAGAGAACGAAAACUGGACCAAAGAAGAACUGAUUGUUUCUUCCAUCCUGGGCCGGCGCUUUGUUCCUGCAAGUUUAACAAGUGUGGCCUGGGAAAGUUUUAAAUUCCUUGAAGAAGAAAUAAAAAUUGUUGAAUCCACAGACCUCUAUGGAGCUACAGUGUGGCCUUCUGCACUUGUAUUGUGCUACUAUUUGGAAAGGCAUGGAAAACAGUUAUGUCUAGAAAACAAACAUGUAAUUGAGAUUGGAGCUGGAACUGGCCUAGCAUCAAUAGUAGCUUGCCUCCUAGGAGCACGGGUAACUGCAACGGAUCUGAAGGAGCUUGUUGGAAACCUUCAGUACAACAUUACUCAUAACACAAAACAGAAAUGCAAAUACCCUCCUCAAGUUAAAGAGCUGACCUGGGGACACGAGUUAGACAAAACAUUUCCAAAAUUGUCCGUAACAUUUGAUUAUAUCCUCGCGGCUGAUGUUGUUUACCAUCACUCUUAUUUGGAGGAGCUUCUAGCAACAUUUGAUCACUUGUGUCAGGAUAAUACCACAAUCCUCUGGGUCAUGAGAUUUCGAGAACAAAGCACAAGACUGACAAAUGAAUUUCUGGCUAAGUUUCAGAAAUUGUUUGAUAUGGAUGUUAUCUAUGACUUUCCCAGUCUGGACAUAAAACUUUACAGAGCUGUCAGAUGCUGCAGGAAAAUAGUCUAACGGCAAAGUUUUUUAUUUAUAUAUUUAAGUAUUAAAUAAAAAAUAUUUAUGAAUCUAA